UCUAAUCAUUGCUUAACACAAAAAGUUUAUUUUGAUAUUUGCUAUUAUAAAGCAGUUGUAUUCUAUGCUUAAUUUGAAUUGGAUGUCGUCUAAAUUUGCAGCGUGCUGCCAUGUCGUUCCUUCCAUAUGCAGUUUGAAAGCCAUUGCAAACUGUGUACGCCCCCAACCGGGAAACAGCUGUUUUGCUUGUACGUUCCAAAUCACCUGAAAAUCUGGCUGACGUUUUUUUCGCAAUCAAACAAAAGGAAAAUUUAAUUUAAUUAAUUCGUGUCGUUUUGUUAUAUUGUAAAUAUCUACUUAUGUUAAACAACUCCUAUGUGUAAAUACAAAAGUAAAAGCUCAAUCGUUAAGAUGACAAACUAAGUUUAUACGUGACAAAAGUACGAGAUUUUGUGAAACUGCAGUGCUGCGCUAAAAUACAUUUUUUUUUUUAGUUAAAAACAAGUUUUACAUUUUUACGUCAUACUUGCGAAAAAAUUGAAAUUUUUCAAUAUGUCCUGUUACUUCCGUCAAAACGCCGAUACCAAUGUAACAAUACCAAAGUAUAUUGAAUCUUCCACUGGUGUUGUCUAUUAUGACAUCAAAGUGCGCGUACAUCAAGUAGAAUGGUUGGUUGAACGCCGUUACCGCGACUUUGCGCAGCUGCAUGAGAAGUUGGUUGAUGAAAUUGCCAUCUCGAAGAAGUUGUUACCACCGAAAAAGCUGGUGGGCAACAAAAAUCCUACAUUUCUCGAACAACGUCGUGAGCAGUUGGAGAAGUAUUUGCAGGAAUUGCUCGUUUUCUUUCGUAUACAGCUACCACGUGUUUUAGCCGAAUUUUUAGAUUUUAAUAAAUACGACAUUGUUUACCUGCUGCAGGACUUAGCCAAACUAUUCAAUGAAUCGGGUAGCUCGCUUUUAAGUUCUAAAAAAGAGUUUAACUUCUCAGCACUAGAGGUAUAUGCAAUAAGCGAACGUCUGUGCUUGCCCUGCCCACCGGAAAAUAUCGAACAACGUGGGAAAUUUGAUUUUUCACAUGUACUCGAUUUUUGUACACAACUGGAGGUAUUAAUUGUCACACCGGUGAAGGACAAUACGUCCUUCAACAACGACUACAACACAGUCGAUGUGCCCAUCGGUCGUAGUAAUAUUAUACCAAAAAAUCUCCGUUUUACGCUCAAUGCAUUCCGUAAUGUGAAAACAUUAAAAUUCCAUGGCCUUUCCACCGAGAAUAUAGUAGAUAUCGCCUUAUUGAAGCCAACAAUGCAAACGAUUUGCGUACACAGCACCACGAUGACGCACAUCAAUCAAAUCCUAAUGUGCGAUAACAUACAUCGAGAUACCGUUGUUGCAGCAGCUACAGCUUCUGAUGCUAUCUCCUACACAUCGAAUAGUUCAGCCGCCGCACAAUCCAUAUCUAAUAGCGAUUGCACAGAUGUCUUACCAUAUAUAAAAACUAAUUGGUGCGAACUCACCGAUUUGGACCUAACAGGCAAUCUAUUAACACAAAUUGAUGCUAGUGUGCGUACAGCGCCGAAGUUACGUACACUUGUAUUGGAUCAAAAUCGUAUACGUGCUGUGCAAAAUCUGGCUGAACUCUCACAAUUACAAACGUUAUCACUGUCUGUCAAUCUAAUAGGUGAAUGCAUUGAUUGGCAUUUAGAAUUAGGUAAUUUAGUCACAUUAAAUUUAGCGCAAAAUCGUUUAAAAAAGUUGAGUGGCCUGCGUAAGCUACUCUCCUUGGUUAAUUUGGAUUUAAGUUGUAAUCUCAUAGACGAACUCGAAGAAGUCGAUAAUGUGGCGCGUCUGCCAAUAUUGGAGACACUACGCUUAACGGGUAAUCCACUUGCGGGCAGUGUGGAUUAUCGACCACGCGUUCUAUCGCGCUUUCAUGAACGUGCCGCUGAAAUCUCACUAGACAGUGAGCGAGGCACACAGAAGGAGCUCGAUACAGCGUUAGUGCUAUCGGCGCUACACACGUCGAAGAUGCGUCAAAUUAGCCAAAAUAGUCAACGCUAAUGAAAUAAUAAUACAGGUAUGCGAUGGUGCCAAAUACACGCAUAUUCAACGUUGAGAUGCCAAAAAACGCAUAUUGAGUACCUAAAAGUAGACUAUGAUUUUGUGACGCAUGGAGAGAAGCAAUUGAAAGCAAUUAUGAAACUACUACUUGAAAUUAAUUUUUUAACAAGCUAAGUUGGUUUUAAGCUCUUACUUUUAGCAGUGAAAAUUUAAAUUAUUUUCCUUUUAAAGAAAUUACACUGUCAUUAUUCACAUUGCAGCUACAUUCCUCUUUCUUGAACCGCCGUUGCUGAGAUAUAAUACCACACACUUGUGCAAUAUUUUACAAGAAAUUUCUUAAAAAAAAAAAAAAAAAUAUGUCAGUAA